UCGGCCCAGCUAGUCCUGCCUCCCCGGCCCAUAUCUGAUGAUUGAGCUAGAGCACGGAAAGCCAAUCGGGAUUCCAAACCAUCAUCCGAAUAAUUCUCCCUCUGCCGUGUGUUCCCAAACUGGACCCGACAACGCCCGCUCUCAGCUGCUGAUCGUGGACCGGAGCUUCGACCUGGUGUCCCCACUGCUGCACGAGCUCACUUACCAGGCCAUGGCCUAUGAUCUGCUCAGCAUCGAGAACGACGCCUACAAGAAGGACCUGGCUGCCAGCAAGGGGCACCCCGCACUCCUCCUCAGGUACGAGACGACGGGGACCAGUGACUCGCGGGAGAAGGAGGCACUGCUGGAUGAAGACGACGAACUCUGGGUGCAGCUACGCCACAUGCACUUCGCUGAUGUCUCCAUGACAGGGUGCCCCUAUCUUGAAGGCAGUGCCUGGCUCCAGUGUGACCCCUCUCUCUGCUGCAGGAAGGUGACGGAGCUGCUGCACACCUUCUCUGAGAGCAAGAAGCUGACCACGGACAAGGCCAACAUCGAGGACCUGUCCCAGAUGAUGAACUUUCCCCAGUACCUGAAAGAGCUGAACAAGUACUCCACACACCUGAACCUGGCUGAGCACUGCAUGCGGCACUUCAAAGGAUCGGUGGAGAAGCUAUGCAGCGUGGAGCAGGACCUGGCCAUGGGGACGGACGUGGACGGGGAGAAGAUCAAGGACCCCAUGAAGAUCAUCAUACCCAUCCUGCUGGACCCCAGCGUGCAGGCCUAUGACAAGAUCCGCAUCAUCCUGCUCUACAUCUUGAAGAACGGUAACGCCACAGGCCUGCAGGGGGCAGCACUGGGGGGGCCUGCUGCUGCAGGGGGCGCCCCUGGAGGCGGUGCCCAGGCCUGUGGGGCUGUGGGGGAAUAGCACUGCUUAGACUGGCACGCCCC